ACAUAUUUAUAGUUGUUUACACUGGCAAACAUGGCUUCCAAUCCUUCACUGGUGAUGCGGGUUCUGUCCGCCUCUGUGGCAGUUUCAAAUCGCGCUAGCAACAUUAUUAGAAAUGUUCUAACUAAAGGAGAUCUGGGAAUUGUUGAAAAGGGUAAAAAUGACCUUCAGACAGAAGCUGACAGAUCUGCUCAGAGAUGUAUUGUGGCCUCUCUGCACAAACAAUUCCCAAAUGUCGCCAUUUUUGGUGAAGAGCAACUUGAUCCACAAGAGAAGAUUCCAAAAGAUUUCAUAGAGCAAGGAUUUGAUGCAGAAGUGUUGAAACACACAUGCCCAGAAUACCUCAAAGAAACCAAAGAUGAAGAUGUUGUAAUAUGGGUGGACCCACUGGAUGGAACAGCUGAAUUCACUCAAGGCUAUCUAGACCAUGUGACGGUGUUGAUUGGUAUAAGUGUCAAAGGUAAUGCAGUGGCAGGAGUCAUACAUCAGCCAUGGUUUAACUUUGACAAGCCUGGACUUCCAUUAGGCAGAUGUAUCUGGGGAGUAAUUGGAUUAGGUUCAUUUGGCUUUGAGAGAGAGACACCCCCAGCAAAUAAGAUCAUUAUAACAACCAGCAGAUCUCACUCAGACAGAAUGGUGACAGAAGCUGUAGAGGCCUGUAAUCCUGACGAGAUAGUUAGGGUAGGAGGGGCAGGUCAUAAGGUUCUUUUACUGAUUGAAGGAAAAGUACAUGCUUAUGUAUUUGCCAGCAAGGGAUGUAAGAAGUGGGACACUUGUGCCCCAGAGGCCAUUUUACAUGCUGUUGGAGGCACCCUUACAGAUUUUCAUGGCAUCAGAAUGAACUACAGUGCAGAUGUCCAAAGAAAAAAUACAGGAGGAGUCCUUGCCACAGUUGCCAAUCAUGAAAAGUUUUUGAGCUGCAUUCCAGAGCACAUUCGAGAUUGCAUGGAUAAGAGUAGUGAGGCCCCUCCUCUAGAUUUUAAGGGGGUAGUCGUCUGUGGAGGUGCAGACUUGAAAGAGGCUAAAAAAGAUAGUGCUACAGUUCCUGAUAAAAAUCCUACCAUUGAUAAUGCUACAGGGUCUACUUCCUCCAAUGCUGAAACAAAUCACAAAGAACCCAGUGACUCUGUGCCAAAUGAAUAUGGGAAUACCAAACUGUAGUCUAUUAUAAUGUUUAGUAUUUCUUAUUUUUAUAUAUAUUUGUAUAUGCAAUCUCAGCAAAUAAAACUAGUUACUCUAAGAGCUUUUAAUGCUAAUCAAAUUUAAUUGAUUGAGUGAUGGAGUGCAAUGUAUUAUUUGGGACAAUGUUCAUUCUAUGUCUGCAUUGAAUCAGUUUGUAAAUAUAUAAUAAUUAUAACGGCAGUGGUUUGGAGCAAUAUUUGUUAGUAAUUUGCUGAUUUGGUAUUUUAGAGGAGUAAAUGUUUGUUAUGUUUAAUCAGAGUCUAUUAGGUCUGUCUUCCUGUAAGUAUGUGUAUGUGUAAUUGUCUGCUUCAUGCAUUAUGUUUCCUUCAUAUUCACCAUGCAUUCUGUAUAGUUAACGAAAAUAAUUUGUGGAGUGAAAUUUCACUAUACUCAUCCUCUCAGUAAAUUAACAAAUUCAAAAAGCAGUGCAUAAUUUGUUAAAAAAUCAUUGUAUUGAAAUCGAACUUAUGAUUGAUUUUUGUACAAGUUUAGAUGACAAUGAAGUCUUGAAAGUAAAAUAUGUGAAAUUAUACCCCCACAAAAUGUAACCAUUAUACACCAGUUGCAUUAAUAUUAGUUUAAAUUUCUAAAAUACACAUACUUUUUCUUAAAGUACCUUUUCUUCUAAUAUUUCCAUGAAUCGUAAAUGAAAUAAAAGUUCCUGUUCAGUUUGGUGCAUGAAUUAUUAAAUAUUAGGUGAAUCUAGAUGUUUCUUUUUUUCAUGUAAGGAAAAAUAAAAAAAAAUCUGAACCAAAUUCACAAAUUCAGAUUUUGUUGGCUCAGGCAGCAUGCAUCAUUUUGAUAAUUUUAGGUGUGUCUGUUUAGAUGUCACAUGUACAUGUUCACUUGAUAUUAUUUCUUAGAAUAUGGAUCUUCCAUUAUUCUAAAGCACCUGCCAGAUAGUUUUUAUCUUUUUACUGAUGUGUUUGUGUUGUUUGAGGUAAUUAAGGUCCUUGUUGUAGUGCCAUUAGAUAUGUAAUGUAUAGACUCUAGUUUAAUUAUUGAUGUGAUUCUGUAUCAUUUUUAAUGUAACAAAUUUCCACUUUGUUUCAAUAUAUCAGAUGAAUUACUUAGAAAAUGUAUCAUUUUUAACAUUUGUAACAUAGAGAUAAAACAUUUAUGUACUUGCUGUCCUUUUUUUUUCCAUUUUGUGAUGUUAAAAUAUUGCUUUUUCUUCUUAUGAUUAAGUGUUGUUCAUGGAGCAAGGCAUGUUUAACAAACAUUUCUUUUGAGCACCCUUCAACUAAUGACAUUGAGCUAAACUUAAGUUAUUUACUGGUAGAGUAUUAGAUAAAGUUGUAAUCACAUUGUUUGCACUUAUUUAUUUUACUAGGAAGUUAGUUCAUCCAGAAUAACAAUAUAAUGAAGGGACUUUUUAUCUGUAGAUUGAAAGACUGAAACAUCUACAUGUAAAUCAUCUAAUAGACAGUUAUGUAGUCCUGUAGUCUCUUUUUUCAUACAUCAUACAAAAUAAACAAAAUUAAAAGUAUUUCUAGUCAUGCAAAUAUGAACAGCUCUUUCCAUCUCAGCUAGGCGCAUGGUAAUCACCUAAAUCUGAUGUUACAGUCAUUUUAUUGUUUCCCUUUAGCAGAGAAAUGCAUGGUGUAUUAAACUUUAUCAUCUGUAAUGGGUAAUAAAAAACUUUCUUAACUUGCUUACCUGUGAAUGCAACUUUGGGU